ACUUCGAAUCGUCCCCCCAAAAAUUGGCAUUCUUGUGUAAUCGGGAAAGCACUAAAACAAUUAUUGAAAAUUAAAACAGAAAAAUAGUCGUUUAAUUAGGGUGGAAGCAUGGGUUGCGGCAGAGGUGGUUGGAUUUUGAUUAGAUCAUGUCUCAUGCUGCUGCUUAUGAUGAACCAGGCUGGAUGUGAAGCCAAGCGUCGCCCCCUACCUAAUCACCCAGUUUUUGAUGUUACAAAGUUUAAUGCUAAAGGUGAUGGCAAGACAGAUGAUGCAAUGGCUUUGAUAAGAGCAUGGGUAGCAGCAUGUCAGUCAGGUGCAGCGGCGAAGGUUUUGAUUCCUCGUGGGAAUUUCGUGGCGAGCGAAGUUGUGUUGGUCGGCCCUUGCAAUUCUACACAACCAAUCACAGUUGAAAUCAAAGGCACUCUCCUCGCGGAUACUGAUCUCAGUUCGUAUUCACAAAGCGCGUGGAUCAUGAUCAAGAGAGUCGACGGCCUCGUCGUCACCGGCGCCGGAACCAUCGACGGUCGUGGCCAGUCUGUUUGGAAGUACGGCAAGGAUAGAGACCUCCCUCUUCUUCCAGUCGCUCUCAUGUUUCAGUCCGUGCAAAAUGCGAGGGUGUCUGGGUUGAAGUUGGUAAACAGCAUGGGUUUCCAUUUAAAGGUUACUGACAGCAAAAACAUAGAUAUCACGAAGCUUGGCAUCGCCGCACCUCUCCACAGCCCCAACACCGACGGAAUCAACCUUAGCAACUCGACGAAUGUAAAGAUAACCGAUUCCGUGAUCGGAACCGGAGACGACUGUGUUUCGAUUGGGCACGGCACCCAAAACAUUCUCGUGGCCGGUGUUACCUGCGGCCCCGGCCACGGCCUUAGCGUUGGGAGCUUGGGAAAACGAGUAGACGAGACAAACGUGAGAGGAAUCACAAUUAGGAAUUGCACGCUGAUUGGGACGACAAAUGGAGCACGAAUCAAAAGCUACCACGACUCUCCCAAGAUGGAAGCUAGCAGCAUUGUGUUUCAAAAUCUGGUGAUGAAGGGAGUCAAAAACCCUAUUAUAAUCGAUCAACAUUACAACUCCAAGAAUAAGGGCCAGCAAUCAAGCGUGAGACUGAGCGAUAUUCACUUCAGAGACAUAAGAGGCACAUCUGUUUCACCAGUUUCAAUAAAUUUGAACUGUAGUUCGUUAGUCCCAUGUGAGAAGGUUGAAUUAGCAAAUAUUAAUUUAACGCCAUUUAAUUCAAGUAUUGGAGACAUAAGUUGUGCAUGUUCAAAUGCACAAAUCUUCAGUCGAGGUCAAAUCAUCCCUGCCAUGCCUGCCCGAUGCACUUGAAUGCCCCGUGGACACACGCUCUCAAAUCUUUUUUAUUUAAUUAUCAAGUUUAGAUCUAAAUAAUUCAAUUUAUUUGGAUUUAGGCUUGAAAAAUUAAUUUCAUAUUUGUGUAUUUCUGAUUAUUAAUUUGUAACUCGAGAAAAAGGGCUAAGAAAAAAUGCACUAUGUGUGUGCACGGCUUACCCUUGCUCAAAGUUUACGUAGUUUUCAGAAAUUAUUUUAAUUAGUCUGUUGUGAAUAUGUAACGGGACUGUCAAAAUGACCCCAUAUAUAUAUAUAUUUGGUUUAAAUGAGUCAUAGUAUAA